UCCGCGAGCUCCUUUGCAGGAAGUGUAGUUUUUCCAAACACACCUACCGUUAGCUUCCACUGCUUAGCAGCGCCAGGCUAAAGGAGUUGGCUAACAGGGUUUCGGAGCUUCUAAAAACGUCACCAGCUGUCAUUCAACAAGUGUCUUGCUUUUAAACAGAUCAUGUCAGAUUUCUCGCUGUCUGAUGCUUUAGGAGACGACACACCGAGCCAGGCUAAGAAAACAAGCACUAAUCCAGCUGUUCCUGCCAGCAACUAUCCCCCUGCUUCAAACCCAGGAUGGCCCGGAUCCGCCCCUGGGGCCCCCUCUCAGCCCUCAGCACCAGCUGACUUCAGCGGUGGCUUUUCUGGCCCAGGAGCUCCGGGGCCGUUCCAGUACCCCUCAGGUCCCGGAGCACCGGGGCAAUACCCGGGGCAAUACCCGGGGCCUCCCUCAGCACCUGGUGGCUUCCCUGCUGGCCCCGGAGUACCUGGACAAUAUCCUCCUGCUCCUGGAGCUCCGGGUCAGUUUCCCUCGGGUCCAGGGGCGCCUGGACAGUUCCCUGGGCAGUAUCCAUCUGAAGGAACUCCUGGACAGCUACCGGGAGGCCCGGCUCCUUACCCAGCAGGACCGUUCCCCUCUGGUCCUGGUGCUCCCGCUGGCCCUUAUCCAAAUGUGCCAUUCCCUGGAGGCAAUGGGCAGUACGGACCAGGAGGUCAAGGUGGAUUCCCCCCUCCAGCCGGUCCAGGAUCUUUCCCUUCAUUCCCUGGUGGUGGUUUCCCCCCAAUCCCACCUGGGUCAUGGGGAUCACCAGGGGGAGGUUUCCCCCCCGCUCCUGCUCCCUAUGGUCCUGGCCCCAUGGGUCCGUAUGGGGGUCCUGCCGGUCCAGGAGGCACACUGAUGGUGCCUUAUGAUCUCCCCCUCCAUGCUGGGAUUAUGCCGCGACUUUUAAUCACAGUAAUUGGAGAACCCGUCCCUGGUGCACAAAGGUUCCAGGUUGAGCUAAUUAAAGGUUCAGAUAUCGUCUUUCACUUCAACCCCCGCUUUACGGAGCAAACCGUUGUCCGAAACUCCAACCUUGGAGGCCACUGGGGCCCAGAGGAGCGUGAGGGGCCCUUCCCCUUUGUCCAGGGCUGCCGUUUUGAGUUGAAGAUCCUAGUUGAAGAGGACAUGUUCAAAGUGGCUGUGGACGGCACCCACCUGCUGGAAUAUGAGCACAGAGUGGGCGGUCUGGAAGAGGUGACCCUGCUGCGGGUCACUGGAGACGUCAUCCUGUACAGCGCCGCCCCGAGCAUGAUCUGAACCGGAGCCCCAGGCUGUCCUGGAGAUCCUCUUCAAAUUAUUAGCUGAUGUAUCGGACGGCCGCCUCCAUGCAUGAUGGAGCUGCAAAUACACCCUGCAAAGUGCAAUCGUCCCUCACUUGGCACAUUUAUUGAAAAGAGUGACUCAGAUUGAAUUAAGUCGGCACUUGAUCAUAUUUUAUUUUCUAAUUCUUAUUUUUCUCACUAAAAAAAUUCUAAUU